UGUUCAUUAGCCAACCUUUAAUAGUUCCAAUCAUUGAACAGAUAAAAAUAACAACACCUGUUUGCAAAAUGCCUUGAUGCAGAAUACAUUACAAUUUAGUCUCACGAUACCAGACGGUUCUCAUUAGCAAUCUCUCUCUCACACACUAUGAGACCAACUGGUGUCACGAGGGUAGGUAUAUAUGGAGUGUAGAGCCGGAAUAUAUUUGCCACGGCACCUGCACAAGCUCAGUGAUUCAUCAAGACUUACUGGCAAUCGUGAUCUCAAGCAACUUUCACCACUCUAUACAAAACAUAUAAUCAUAAUAAUAUAAUUAUACAGAUUAGCUAAUUCCGGCAAGUGUCGCUCAAGUGCAUUAAAAGCACUUCCAGUGCGACAUGCAUGCAAGAAUUAUAUAUUCUGAUUACAUGUACCCUAUAGGCUAUAGUAAGGUACAAUCCGUCUCAAAACUACAAUCAAAAGCAUCCACAAUUUCAAGCAAUGUACAAUGUACACAAUGAAAGUAAAUGCUAGUUCUAAAAGUAACCAACAACAGUGCGACAAAUAUUAAUAAGCGUUUACGUUCACGCAUAAUUAUAGACAAAAGCAGUAUCAAAGAGUAUUACAAUGGAAACUUGUUACCUGAGUCUGCUGUCUCUACUAGUAUGUGCAGUUUGUCAAGGGGUGGCAGAAAAAAGGGACAAGCAAAUUUGUGUUGUUACGGACAAAAACUCAACAAAUCCAUCGUGUCACACCUUGAGAUACUACAUGAGAAACAGCUCAUUUUUCUUCACAAGUAACUCUACAUUCCUAUUUGAGCCAGGUGAACACUUAACCAAUUUCAACUCUUCGCUAGUGAUUCAGAAUGUUUCAGGACUUGUGCUUAGAGGACAGAAUGCUACUAUACAGUGCAACAAAUACCAAAACUACUUCAAGUUUAACAAUGUUUCAGAGCUCUCUAUUCAUGGGCUAAAAUUCUGUGAAUGUGGUCAGAAAUCCACAAACUGGACAAUUGGCUAUUCAACUCUCAUGGUUUCAAACAGCACAAAUUUGAACAUAUCUGAGGUAACUAUUUCUAAAUCAGAAUAUCAAGGAAUACUGGUUAGUAAUGUGCUUGGUUUGACUUCAAUAGUAAAUUCAUGCAUCGUAGAGAGCCGCACGAAUCGGUACAAAAAGCUCGACAAAUACCCAGCAAAUGCCAUAUAUUACAGUAAUUGUGGCAACAACAACUCGUCAUUGAUUGUUUUAGAUACUACACUCGAGCUAAACGAGAAUUCUAAAACUGGCAAGCAUGAUAGGAUAAAUCAUCAAGCAAUUGACUAUCCAUUUGCAGCAGGUUUGACGGUAGUGAUUAAGUGUUCGAAUGUAGCUGUCAUUUUGGACAAUAUAACUGCUGACGGGAACAUUGGAGGGGAUGGUGGUAAUCUUGCCAUUGUGUUUCACACAUCCGAGUUAUUCAUAUCGCAUCACGUUGUAAUAAAUAACUCUCAUAUAUCCAACGGUACAGGUAUUGAAGGUGGUGGUCUCUUUGUGUCCAUUGUUGAACCACAGGUUCAGCGAAAUGAAACUCCGAUUUUGGAAAACAAUCAUACCAUUCUCUCAAUCAUAAACACAGAGUUUACAAACAAUACUGCUUUGUAUCUGGGUGGUGCAGUUGGGAUACGUCAGAAAGGGUCCAAUACGUCAAUAUUCACUGGUAACAUUAGAAUAGAGAAUUGCAAUUUUACAAGCAACUCUCUAAAAAAAGGAGGAUACGGUGGUACAGCUAUUAACUAUUUGAACUUCAUCGUCACUCAAGUUGAUCAGCACAUUAGUCCACAAUUUAGGGCAUUUGUAACUAACUGUACUUUUCGUUGGAAUCACGUCCAAAAAAACUCGAGAAUGUCAGCUGGAAGUUCAGUGAUAUUUGUGAAGACAAACCCAUAUUUUAGACUACAAGAUGUUGUGAUCGAUUCUAAUUUUGCAUCAGCCAUUCUUGGUUUGCAAAGCAACAUUGUUUUAGGAGGAAAUGUUACUCUAACCAAUAACAGAGCUCAGAGCGGAGGGGGAAUACUUCUUUGCCAGAAUGCUGUCUUGUACUUGGAAGAUGGCGUGAAUGUACUGAUUUCUGGCAACCAUGCUCAUUAUGCUGGUGGGGGGAUUGCAGUUGAAUCUAUCUGUUUGGAAUCAAAACCUAUAUGUUUCUUUCAAUUUGUUUCACCUGAGCCGAGACAAUAUACUGAUAUAAAGAUUUAUUUGCAUGAUAAUCAAGCACAUCAUGCUGGAGACAAUCUAUACGGUGGAUCUGUGGAAUAUUGCUAUUUGAUAGAAAGCUCAACUCACGGCCUCCUAGCUAAUCACAGUUUGCCUGUGUUUCAAGAAAUCUUCGAAAUAUACCCUGAAGGGGCUGGUUUGCCUUAUGUGACCUCUCCACCUGAUCAUGUGUGCAUUUGCAUCGAUAAUGUUCCUGACUGUAACAGAACUGAAUACAUUUUCCCCGAGCCGGUUUACCCUGGUCAACCGUUCAAUUUGACAGUCAUUCUUGCUGGUCAGUUGGAUGGAUCUAUUCCAGGUAUUAUUUCAGCAAACCUGGAGAAUUUUAACCGAAAGAAAGUUUCCCUUCUAAGAGACUACCAAGUUCAAAAACUAAACAGCUCCAAUUGCACCACAGUGAAGUAUGAGAUUUACUCGAGCGAAACUGAAACUAAUGUUACCUUGAGACUUGUUGCAGCACAGCAAGGAGACAUCAGUGUAACUGAAUAUUUACGUCAAUAUAGAGAGCUUAAGGUAAAGGUACUGAUUUCGAAGUGCCCGAAAGGUUUUAACCUUUCAGAAGGAGAAAAUGGCUUCACUUGUAGUUGCGAAAAAUUGUUCACGCAAGCUAAAAUACACUGCUAUAUAAAACACCAGACACUCGAGGUCCCUCGAAACACUUGGAUAGGUUACUUCAAUGAUUCUAGUACAUUUGUUCCCCAGGAAACAUAUGUAGUAGUCAAUUACUGUCCACAAGAAUUUUGUAAACAAAAAACCAUGAAUAUUACCACAACACUAAUUGACUUUGACCAGCGGGAUCAAUGCCAGGAAAACCGACAGGGAAUUAUGUGUGGAGAAUGCUCAGAAAAUUAUAGUGUAAAUUUAGGAGGAAGUCACUGUAAGCGAUGCUCAAAUCAUUGGUUGUGGACAAUUCUUCUCUAUGGUCUAAGUGGCAUUUUUCUUGUUUUCCUACUCAUGCUAGUUGAUGUCACAGUGGCAGACGGAACGAUAAAUGGGCUCAUCUUUUACGCAAAUAUUAUUCAAGCGAAUUAUGAAGAUAUAUUUACCUCACAAGUUAGCAAGUAUUCGUUUACAAAACCUUUGAAAGUGUUCGUUGGCUGGCUCAGUUUUGCAAAUGGUGUGGAGAAAUGCUUUUUCAAUGGAAUGACCGAGUAUCACAAAGCCUGGAUCCAGUUUGCUUUUCCAGCCUAUAUUUGGAUAAUACUGGGUGCUAUUACACUAUUAAGCAGACGAUAUGCCAUUGCAGUGCGGAUAAUUGGAAAGAAUACAGUGAAAGUGUUUGCUACUCUUAUUUUGCUUUCAUAUUCUAAUUUAAUCCUUGCCAUCAUGGAUGGAAUUGAUAGCACGCUUAUUGAUGCGUCUAACAAUAAGCAGUACCAAGUCUGGUCGAAAAAUGGCAAUAUCCAGUUCCUCCACGGAAUACACAUACCUCUGUUUGUGUUCUGUGUAUGUCUAUUAAUUGUCUGUGUGCCAUUCACGCUAUCGCUUUUGUUCAUACAGAUUCUCGAACGAUACUCUCAUCUGCGAAUAUUUUGGUUUGUCCGUAAGUUGAAACCUCUGUUUGAUGCUUAUACAGGACCAUAUGUCGACAAUGCCCGAUUUUGGACUGGAUUUUUACUGCUGAUUCGAAUAGGUAUCUUUUUUGCAGCAAAACGCAGAGGAAAACUACACGAUGACGCAAACUUGACCAUUACCAUAGCUCUACUAUUUGUUGUCCUUUGUACAUCAUUCUUGCUUCGUAAUGGUAUCUACAAGAGAGGGAUGGUUCAAAUCCUUGAAGCAUCAUUAUUACUCAACCUUUCCUUCGUCUUUAUUGUAUCUGAAUACCUACAUGUCCAUCAGAAGAAAAAGGCUGUUAUUAUCCCAAUUCUCAUAGGAAUCGCAUUUGCAACUUUUUUUCUCGUUGUCAUAUAUCACAUAUUGAAAAAGAUUUAUUCGAUAUCUUGUGUUCAGAUAUGUCUGGGCACACUAAAGGAAAGAGUGACAAGACAAUGGCCAUAUGAACGUCUAAUCGGGUCACAGAAAAACUCAUCUGCCACAACCUUCACACCCACAAUUAAUGAAUUUACUGAAGAUCGUGAGCCGUUGCUAGCAAAAGCUAACAAGUAGUUUAUUUACGUGUACACUGUAUGUCUAACCCACUUUCAGUUUAUAUACCUCUUUUGCUUACGUUAAUUAUCCAUCCAUUUCCCAUUUGACAUUUAUUUUUAUUAUCAGAACACAAUCAGUUUCAGUUUUACAUGAAUUCACUGCCAUAAUAUAUAAUAAUUUAUGGUCUUUAGAUCUAGGUGUCAGAAUGGCUUUAGGCUUCUUACAAAAUUGGGCAUUCACAAAAUCAGCUAUCACUGGGCAGAUAAUUAUGACUCUAGAUCUGAUAAUACUACACUGUCACUUCUUUCUGUCCUCAAAGCACUAACAAUAAUUAUCAUCCCCUAUGGACUGUAACACUAACAGAGUCGCGAUAUUUGUAUAUUAACUUUGUCUAGAUUUAUCUUUAUGUAUACGCAUACUGCAUAUUUUUUCAAUUGCUGUUUUUCAGGGCUGCACUUUGUCGAUAUUGACUAUAAUUAUUGAUAGUCGUAACAGUAGUUAUUAUGGAAACACUCACGCUCA